GACGAAUCAUAAGCAUUUUCUCGCACUUUUACGCCAUCUUUCUUCUGGACACGACCGGGAUUUACGCUGUUUGGCUGCGGGUGUUCACGCUUUCUACACGGGAUCUUCUUUUGAAAACUUUGGCUUCGAUUCUGCGGAUAGAAACGCGCAUCUAAAGUAGCUCUCUCCCGCGCUGGAGGAGCUUUGGGUGGUGGCUGGAGUGCUGGAGGUAUGACUGCGUUGGCGGGGUCUUUACCCAGGAUGAUGCGACCCACGCUGGCUCAGAAUUACCCCCGCAGCGGCUUCCCACUGGAAGUGUCUACACCGUUGGGCCAAGGCCGCGUGAACCAGCUGGGAGGAGUGUUCAUAAAUGGAAGGCCGUUACCGAAUCACAUCAGGCACAAAAUCGUGGAGAUGGCGCACCACGGGAUCCGGCCGUGCGUCAUCUCCAGGCAGCUGCGCGUCUCUCACGGCUGCGUGUCCAAGAUCCUGUGCCGUUACCAGGAGACCGGCUCCAUCCGCCCAGGGGCCAUCGGAGGCAGCAAGCCCAAGCAGGGGGCGACUCCGGACGUGGAGAAGAGGAUAGAGGACUACAAGCGGGAAAGCCCGAGCAUGUUCAGCUGGGAGAUCCGGGACAGGCUGCUCAAAGACGGCAUCUGCGACCGCAACAACGUCCCCUCCGUGAGUGCCAUCAGCCGCAUCCUGAGGAGUAAGUUUGGAGGGAAGUGUGACGAUGAGGAGGACGAAGAGGAGCUGGAGAAGAAGGAGCUGGAGGAGAGUGAACGCAGAGCCAAACACAGCAUUGAGGGCAUUCUGGGAGACCGCUCUCCUCAGUCGGACGAGGGCUCAGAGGUGGAGUCCGAGCCCGACCUGCCGCUAAAGAGGAAACAGCGCCGCAGCCGAACCACCUUCACCGCAGAGCAACUGGAGGAGCUGGAGAGAGCCUUCGAACGCACGCAUUAUCCAGACAUCUACACCCGCGAGGAGCUAGCACAGAGGGCGAAGCUAACAGAGGCCAGAGUACAGGUGUGGUUCAGUAACCGGCGAGCGCGCUGGAGGAAACAGGCAGGAGCCAAUCAGCUGAUGGCGUUUAAUCACCUGAUCCCCGGGGGCUUCCCUCCCUCCGCCAUGUCCAGUCUGCAGCCGUACCAGCUCUCAGAGACCUCCUACCCGCCCUCGUCUAUAGCACAAGUGUCGGACCCUCCCAGCACAGUGCACCGUCCUCAGCCUCUGCCCCCCUCAUCGGGACAUCAGAGCUCCAGUGGGACCCAGGGAGAAGGAGCCACCGCCUACUGUCUGGCCCCGGGACGGCACUCCUUCUCUGGGUAUUCUGACAGCUUUGUGGGCCCCGGAGGACCAGCCAACCCCAUCAACCCAGCACUAGGCAACGGACUCUCUCCACAGGUGAUGGGUCUCCUAAACCACGGCGGAGUCCCCCAUCAGCCCCAGAGCGACUACGCCAUCUCCCCGCUCACCGGCGCCCUCGAGCCCCCCGCGGGUGUGGCAUCGAACUGCAGCCAGCGCAUGGAGCAUCUGAAGGGCUUGGAGGGUCUGAGCAGCGUGCCCUCCAUGGCCGCUCUGCCCUCUCUGCCCAGCUCGCAGUCCUACCACCCCCCCACCGCCUACACCUCUCCUGGGUACACCGUGGACCAUGUGGGGCCCUACCAAUACAGCCAGUACGCACAAAGUAAGGUGCCCUUCCUUAUUUGAGGCCCGAGAUCACCUAAAACCCGGACCACACCUGGACCAGAACCGGGACUUCUUAUGGACCAAAGUCUGGACCGAAAUUCCAGGGAUGCACACACAGUAAUGGGACCAUGUGUUUUCAAAAUGGAGGAUUAUACAAAGGAAGAGAGACCAAGUACUUUUGACUGAAGCGGAUAGCAGUAAAACAUGAAGUCUUAAAGGAACUUUUUUUCUAUACGCCAAGCAGCAUUGAUCAUAUUUUGAACUAUUUCCAAAUAAAUCCCCAGUUUAUACAUAUUAAAGGGGGUCUAAAAAGGGCUUUGUUGAUGUUAUAUGUAUUAUUACAAACGUGGAUACCAAA